AUAUGGGGGCUGGCCCAUGUCUCACAUUGUUUUUCUUUUUUUGUACCCAUAAAUAAGGCUCUUUCGCAACGCUCACUGUGACCUGUGGACUUUGUGUUCAGGGCGACACCGAGCACCGAGCACCGGCAGCAGCAUGCAGGACGUGCCGGCGGAGUGGAGGGAGAGAGGAGGAGGAGGAGACGGGAGGACCGGGGAGCAGGUGUCGGCGGCCCGGGGGGAAGCGGCUCCGCCGCGGGGGGAGAAGGACACCGGAGAGUCGCCGAUGAUGGAGCUGACGCGGCUGGUGCAGGAGACGGUGCGCGCGAGCAGCUGGUGGGAGCGGCGGGGCGUCGACUGCAGCAUCCUGGCCGCCGCGUUCCUCUGCGUGCCACCCGCCUUCCUGCUGCUGGGCUCCUCGCGGCUCGAGUGGUUCUCGGCGGGCGUGCUGCUGAUGGGCGUGGCCCACGGCAUCAUCACCAUCAAAGGCACGCACCUGGCGAGCCACGGGGCGCUGAGCGAGUCUCCGGCCUGGGCCAGGUUCUGGGCCGUCUUCUUCAUCGAGAUCUGCGGCUCGUUCUCGGCGCGCGCCGGCGUCCACGGCCACAUUAAGAUGCACCACGCCCACACCAACGUGGUGGGACUGGGCGACUCCAGCGUGUGGAAGGUGCCCUGCCUGCCUCGCGCCGUCUACCUGUUCCUCGCCCCCCUGGCGAUGCCCGUCAUCACCCCGUUCGUCGCACUCGCUUAUCUCAAAGGUCACCCUGUGGCUGUCGUGGUCAGGACCAUGCUGAUGGUGGCGCUGGGCCUGGGCUCCCAGUACUGGCUGCUGAUCCACGUCUCCGGGUUCCUGUCGCCCCUCAGCGCUCUGCUCUGCAUGCUCGUCUGCAGGGCCAUGUUCUCCGUGCCUUACAUCCACGUCAACAUCUUCCAGCACAUCGGCCUCCACAUGUUCUCCCCCACCGACCGGCCCAAGAGGAUCUACCAGAUGACCCACGGGGUCCUGAACCUGCCGCGCAACCCGCUGCUGGACCUGCUGUUCGGACACUCGCUCAUCAACUGCCACGUGGAGCACCACCUCUUCCCCUUCCUGUCCGACAACAUGUGCCUCAAGGUGAAGCCUGUUGUGUCCAAGUACCUGAUGGAGCAGCAGCUCCCGUACCAGGAGGACGGCUACGUCUCCCGCCUCACGAUGUUCUUCCACAAGUACCAGGAGCUGAUGGUGUUCGCUCCGUCCAUCACGGAGCUGGUGGGGGUGCAGUGAGGAAGAGUGAGGAAGAGGAGCUCAUCAGGAGCGCUUUACAGAAGUCUGAGGAGAGGAGGUUAACCACUGAUCUGGGGUCUGUCUCAUGAGUACGAGGUCUCAACGGGUUUUGACUGCACACAGAAAAGUAAUGGUUCUUAAAAGGUUCUUUAAAAAGCUUUGUGGUUCUCCAUAUGUACACAAUACAGUAAAUACUUGUGUAUAUUUAUAAUGUGUUUAAUACUUUUUGUGCAAUAAUAAUAAUGAUGUAUUUGGCAUUUUAUGAAAUACAUUUUUACAAAGUUAAAGUCGAAUAAAUCCAAAUAUUUUACUUUAGAAUAUGAGGAAAAGUCCUUUUUGAAAAAUAAAGAGUUCACCAUCUAAUCCGGCUUCAUGAGACGGGCCCUGUUGUUGUUGUUGUUGUUGUGCUGGCUCAUUCUUGCGAUAUGUUUUUAUCUCUUUGAGGACACAUUUAAAACAUGAAAUAAACAUUAUUUUUAUCUCC